AUGGUUAAGUUUGUCUCCCCCUCCAUCAUUCCUGUCGCCAUCGCCGCUGCCGCUGCCGUUGCCGUCGCCACUGCCAGCGGCGCCGUUGCCGCCGUCACCGCUGCUGCCGCCCCCGUCGCCGCUGCCGCCCCCGUCGCCGCUGAUGCCGCCGCCACUGCCAACGGCGCCGCUGCCGACGUCACCGCUGCUGCCGCCCCAGUCGCCGCUGCCGCCGCCACUGCCAGCGGCGCCGCUGCCGCCGUCACCGCUUCUGCCACUUUCGUCGCCACUGGCGCCGCCGCUGCUCUCGUCGCCGCCGCUCUCGCAGCCGCCGCCUCGGUUCACCCAAGCCUGAGGUGUGUAUUAUCGAGCGCUGGCAACCUGCUGCCCCACGGUGCGUCCGAUUGCGUGGAUAAUAUUUGA